GGGUCCCUGUGAGAUUUCAAAUUCUACAAAAAAAGGGGAAGCAAAAGGAAAAGAAAAUAUUGAACCUAUGGGAAACAUAAUGUGAAUGCAUGUUCUUCCAUUUCGGUUAUCAAAGGUGCCAUGCCAGUGGCUACCUAGGGAUUAAAAAAAAAAAAGACUAGACAGAAGAUAAGAUACAUUGCAAGGAUAAAAGUAGAUUCUCUUUUCUCGUGUAUUUUUUUAUCCUUGAUGAAUAGAAGCAGAUUCUUCUUCAUCUACUUUCAUCUAGUCAUCAAGGACAGGAGGAGCCUUGGAAAUUUUCUUCACCUGUUCACCAUUUCAAAGAUCAACAAGCUUAGAAAGAGGAAAGGAAAUGCAUACAUCUAAGAAACUCAACUUUUUCUAUCCUCUUCUUCUCACCCUGAUCAAUUUCUUCUUCACUUCUUCCCUGUGCCAGCACACAGCUAACACAAGCUUUUGUGGAAAAAUCCAAAUUCAAACUCCUUUUUGGAGUCCAAAUUCGACUGCUAAAUCACCAUUAAACCGCAUGAUCCUAUGCAGAUCUCAGAAACUGUACUUUAGAACCUCUCUCGGUCUUUUUCCAGUCUCUUCCAUCAAUUAUGCAAGCAAAACACUUACCAUUUCUCACUCUUCUUGUUCUUCUUCAAGGCACUAUAUCUCUCCUUCACUUCUAUCUGCUGGUUUUCCUACUCCUCCACAGCCCAACUCACUUCUUCUCUUCAAUUGCUUAAAUAGUAACUCUCCCAUGCCAUCAUCUGUGCUUAACUGCAGUCACUUGAAUCCAUGUGCAGCUUCUGCUAAAACUCAAAGGCAAAAACUUGAAGCCCCUUAUUCCUGUUCACUUGUCGAUCUUGAAAAUCUUGAUAAGGCUUUUCAUCCAAAAGAUUUGAAUUGUUCCCAUUACAGCCAGGUGUAUAGAAGGUCUCUAGAUGAUGAAGACUACAAGGGAUAUGAAUUAGGUACAAGGAUAUCAUUUGACAUUCCUGAUCAUGUGCCAGAUAUCUGUAAUGAGUGCCAAAAAUCUAAUGGAAAUUGUGGCGUUGGGUUGAAGUGCAUAUGCCACCCUCAAGAUUGUAGAGACAAGGUCAUUUCUAUGGCAGGAUCAACUAAGCCUGUUGGCAAUGUCCUCUUAUCUGUACUUUCUUUCUUUGUAGUGUUGGUUUUCUUCUUCCAUUGUUGAUGCAAGAGAACUUAAAACUGUAUACACAGUUCUUGAUUUGUUUUCACAUUCCUGUUGUAAUAAACAUCUAGUACUUGCCUCUCUUUA